AUGUAUCAUCAUGCUACUGUCUUGACCAAUAAUAUGGUUACUGGCCAAAAUGGCCAUGACCAUGGCAAACGUGUCAUAAAUUCUGGUCAAACCAUUUGGAAUCACUCUCCAAAUGCUUUUGGUAAGGUCACUCCAACUAUCUCAAACAUGUAUGAUUAUGGUACGGUUCCGAUCAAUACUAUGGUCACUAGCCAAAGUGGUCAUGAACGUGUCAUAACUUUUGAUCCAACCAUUCACCUUUCAAAUAAUUUUAAUAAUCAAUGGGAAACCUUUUACCCUAAACCUAUCAAUUACACCAAAAUCGACACAAAUGACAAGGGUGUUAAUGCUAGCAGUGCUACUAACGAGGAAAAAGAGAAAGAGCCUUUGGCAGGAAUCAAAACAAGGUGUCGUGAACAAAAUCAUCAAGAUGUCAAUGAUAAAUAUCAGAAGAUCGAAACGGAGGACAAAGUUCCAGAAUAA